UCCCGGCAGGAGGAGAGGAGGCAGCUCCACCAUGAGGGCAGCUCUGGCCCUGCUGCUGCUCCUGGCCGCUGCAGACGCCCUGCACCGAGGGAAAGCUUAUGUCCGGGAUAAAGUCUGCCAGGAGUACAGGACGCUGGGAAAGGAGAACUUCCGAACCCUGACCAUCAUUGACAACAGCAGGAAAUACUCCAAUGGCACCUUCGAGGAGAUCAGCCACCUCGUCCGGGAAAUCGUCUCCCUGGCUGAGAAGUGCUGUGCCCAUGGGGCUGACCCCUCCUGCUACGAUGAUGGGUCCACGGCGCUGUCCGACAAGUCCUGCCGGGCGGACUCUCCCUUCCCGGCGCACCCCGGCACGGCCGAGUGCUGCGCCCAGGCGGGGCUGGAGAGGAAGCUGUGCCUGGCUGCCCUCAGGCACCCGCCCCAGCCGCUGCCCCGCUACCUGCAGCCCUCCGACAGGGAGCUCUGCCAGGCCUUCCGCCGGGACCCCCGGGAAUUCGCCGACAGGUUUCUUUAUGAGUACUCCAGCAGCUACAGCCAGGCUCCCCUGCCUGUGCUCGUGGGCUCCACCAGGACCUUCCUCUCCAUGGUCUCCACCUGCUGCAUCUCCUCUGCACCCACUCCCUGCUUCCUGAAGGAGAAAAUGGAGAGGAAAGCCCUCUCCCUACUCACCCUGACGUCAAACCGCAUCUGCUCCCGCUUCUCGGCCUACGGGAAGGACAAAGUCAGCUUCAGCUACCUGACCUCGCUGGCUCAGAAGGUUCCCAGCGCUUCCUUCGAGGAGCUUCUCCCCCUGGCCGAGGACGCUGCCGAGCUCUCCGCCCAGUGCUGCGACUCGCUGGCCGAGGACUGCAUGCAGAAGAAGCUGCUGGAGCACACCACCAAAGUCUGCACGGCGCUCUCGGGCCGGGACGGGCGCUUCGCCGACUGCUGCAGGGGCAAAAACCUGAUGGAAAACCAUUUCUGCAUCCUGGCCAUGCUGCCAGCGCCGGCCCCCCAGCUGCCAGAGGCGUAUGAGCCCACCAACAAGGAGCUGUGCGGCAAGGAGGGGGCUCUGCACGCCACCAGGUUCCUGUUCGAGCAGGCGCGGAGGCGGCCCUGCCUCCCUGAUGCCGUCCUCGCCAAGCUCUACGACUCCUCCGGGAAACUCCGGGCGGGAUGCUGCUCCACCAAGGACCCCUCCGCCUGCUUGGACUGCAAGCGCAAGCGGAUAGCAGCAGAGCUGUUCCCCUUCCUGGAAAAGGCCCACCAGCUCUGCGGGCUGUACCACAGGCUGCCCUUCCUCGACUUCAAGAAGAGGCUGCGGGAAAUCCUGGCGCAGGCGGAGCCCGAGGCCGGCCCGGAGCACCUGGAGCAGCUCCUGGAGCAGCGAGUGUCCUUCGCCUCCACCUGCUGCCUGCCGGACGCUCCCCCGCUGCUCUGCGCUGCCAAGGUGAGCUCCGAGCUGGGACAGGUGUGCAACGAGGAGUCCUGCCUGCUGGGAUAGGCGCCGGCAGCGGGGACCGCGCCUCCCGGCCGGAGGGGAGCGCGCAGGAACGGGAAACCGGAGCACCGGGGAGCUGGGCUGCAGGACGCCCGGCAGAUGGAAGGUGUCACCGAGCCCGCGGCUCCCUGCCUCCCUUGUAACCCUGCAGCCAAAAUAAAGACGAUACAAGUCCCCUCA